GUGGCAGAAGCUCACAAGUGAUGCUGAUCUGACAUCCCAGCAACCUGCCUGCAGCACUCCUCCAACAGCAGUGUGAGCUUCCUGGGGCUCUGCAGUCUAGACCUGGACUGACUACCUGCACCCCAAGAGGCUGACGGUCGCUCUGCAAAAGAAGAGCGGGAGGCCGAGUCGUGGGAUCCCUGGUCUCUGCCACGUGUGGAUAAUCGGCGGGGGGGAAUAAAGCGGAAUUAAAUGGGAGAUCACUGAAAGCGGCUGCUGGCGGCGUGGGCUGCAGGGAGACGGCAGAGCUGUCUUCAGCACCUGGCCAUGGGGCUGCACAGGGCUGCCUAAGAGCCCCACCUUUCCACUCACAGCAGUCCUCUUCUGUCCUGAAGGAAGAAAUCCAGGUGAAGAAAGACCAUGCCUUUGUUUAGUAAAUCACACAAAAAUCCUGCUGAGAUUGUGAAAGUUCUGAAAGAAAACAUGGCCAUAUUGGAAAAACAAGAAAAAAGGACAGACAAGGCAUCAGAGGAAGUGUCAAAAUCUCUGCAAGCAAUGAAGGAAAUUCUGUGUGGGACCACAGACAAAGAGCCACCUACAGAAAUCGUGGCCCAGCUGGCGCAAGAGCUAUACAACAGUGGCCUUCUAGUGACGCUUAUUGCCAACCUGCAGCUGAUAGAUUUUGAGGGCAAAAAGGAUGUUUCCCAGAUAUUUAACAACAUCUUGAGAAGACAAAUUGGCACAUGCAGCCCUACAGUGGAUUACAUUAGUGCCCAUCCACAUAUCCUAUUCAUGCUUCUAAAAGGGUAUGAAUCCCCAAAUAUUGCCUUACGUUGUGGAAUUAUGCUGAGAGAGUGUAUCCGACAUGAACCCUUGGCCAAAAUCAUACUCUUUUCAGAACAGUUCCGAGACUUUUUUAAAUAUGUGGAAAUGUCAACAUUUGAUAUUGCUUCUGAUGCCUUUGCUACAUUCAAGGACCUCUUAACACGACACAAAUCGUUGGUGGCAGAAUUUCUGGAGCAAAAUUACGAUCCAAUCUUUGAGGAUUAUGAAAAACUCCUCAACUCUGAGAAUUACGUGACAAAGAGACAAUCUUUGAAGCUGCUGGGUGAACUGAUUCUGGACCGACACAACUUUGCCAUCAUGACAAAGUACAUUAGCAAACCAGAAAAUCUGAAGCUGAUGAUGAACUUGCUGCGAGAUAAAAGCCCCAACAUUCAGUUUGAAGCAUUCCAUGUGUUCAAGGUUUUUGUGGCCAGUCCAAACAAAACACAGCCUAUUGUGGAGAUCCUGUUGAAAAACCAACCCAAGCUAAUUGAGUUUCUGAGCAAUUUCCAGAAAGAGAGGACUGACGACGAACAAUUCACUGAUGAGAAGAACUACCUGAUUAAGCAAAUCCGAGACUUGAAAAAGCCGACGGCAUGAAGAACUCCUCUUGUUUUCCACUGUAGACAUUAAACUGAGUUGUUAACUUCC